UAAAAACAUGUUCAAAAAGAAAUUCAAAGUCUCUGGCCAGACCUUGGUAGCUAACAAGGACAAGAAGAACAUUCUUAAUAUCCUGAAAAACCUUUAUAAUGAGCCUGAAGUAGAGAAAUUGCUGACUACUCACAGUGAUGUCAGGCAAGAUAAGCUGACUUCCUCGAAAGAUAGCAUAUACACGCUUAUUUCUGACGAGGAAGGGGAGAUUCCCAUUCUAGCAUGUCAUGAAGCGAAGGGAAAUGUACUCGAGUUGUUCCCAUCAAUUUAUGCUCUCUUCAAGGUACCCCACUUAAUCCCAACUGUUUUUCACCUCAAAACUGGCGUUGAAUCGUUUAUUAUCAACGGAGCUGACUUGAUGUGGCCAGGUAUAGAGCGGGUAGAAUACAACCCUAUUGAAGAUGACAGCCAAGAAGAGACCAAAGAUGAUAAAGGUAAAAGAGCUGCCCAAAAACGCAAACAGAAGAAACUUAGCAAACAUUAUGAUUCCUUCAAGAAAGAAGUAGCAGUUGUAUUCCAAAAGCAAUAUAUCGUCGAUGAUGAAGGAAAUACCUACAGGCAGGAGAUCCCAGUGGCUAUUGGAAGAAGAGUGCCCAAUAGCUCUACUGAACCUUUGUGCAACCCCGAGGACAUUACCAAGCAAAGUAAAGGAGUUGCAGUCCAGAUAGAGCACUUCUUUCUCGAUGAGCUCUGGAAUUACGGAAGUCAACAAAUCAAUAUCUCUGAUGAAAUUCCUCGAAUCUUAGUCAGAAAUGCAGAUGGGACCAUCCCAUCCCAACCUGAAGAGACCAAGGAAGAAGUUACAGAGGAAAACCCUGGAGACGAAGAAGCCACUGAGGAAUUAGAUCAACAAGAAAAUGAGGCUGAAGAUAAUCCUACUGUUGAAAGUGGUACCCAGAGCGGUCAAGCUGAUGGAGAUUUUGAGGAAGAGAAAAAUCUAGAUAUCAAAGAGAUCACUCCUGAAGAGAUGGACGAUCUGAUCACCAGGAACUUCAUGUUCUGCCUCGUCAGACAUGUAAAGGAGAACCAACUUCCGAUGGAGCCUAGUAAGCUCCAAGGAGAUCUUAUGUUCAAGUAUGAGCAUUCUGAAGACGGAAAAAUUGAUUUUAAAAAGUCUUCCUUCAAAAAGAUUACCAAAUUCCUUAAAAAGAUGAAACAGAAGAAGCUGAUCUCAUUCUCAAAGCUAAAAGGAGUUGACCAUGAAGUAAUCACAGGAAUCAACAGAAAGGCUUGCGAGAAAGCGAAAAUUCCCAUUGCAGGCUUCAGAAAGGUCAUUCAAACCGAAGAUGAAGAGGAAGAGAAAAAGGUCGAGGAGGUCAAAGGUGCCCCAAACAAGUCUUAUCCACUUGUUGAAAUCACCCAGUUUUAUAAAGUAGGAUCUAAAGAGCUUGCUGCUGUCUUUGAAGACAUCAAAGAAGAUGGCACCCAACCCUUAUCCAUCGAUGAUUGCAGAGAAAUUAUUUCAAAGUAUAUAGAGCAGAACGAGCUGGAGCAUCCUAGUAGAAGGAACAAUGCAAUCUUAGACCCUAAUCUGGUGAAGUUGGUCAAGAACAAGAAUGAUAUCAAGACAGAUCCCAAGACAGGCCAGUCGAUUGCGAACAAAGGAGCCCUUUUUAAGGAUAUAGAAAUCUUCCUGAGGCCUUUCCAUCUUGUCAAAAGACUCAACGUCGUCUCUAAAGAUACUGAGAAAGUCAAAGCAGGCUAUAUUCCUAAAGUAAAGAUUGUCAUUGAGAAAUUCAUGAAUAAGAAUGUGACCAGGAUCCUCAGCCUCGAGACUUGGGAGAUAGACUUCAAAGAUGCAUGCCAUGUUCUCCAAGUAAAACUGGCUGUAGGUGUCUCUGUCUGUCAGAAAGAGAAAUCAUAUUCUUCAGAGCAUAUAAAGAUCCAAGGAAUCCACCCAGAGCGAGUUGAAAAUAUCUUGAUUGAGGAGUUCUGAAUCCCAAAAAAGCAUAUUGAGUUGAUAAACACACUGAAAGGAAAGAAGAAUAAGGCUAAAAAGAGAUAAUUUUCAACUGGAAUAUCAC